AUUUAAAGUAUUCCACAAGCGAGCGUUGGUCAGACUGAGCUUUACAAUACUCACAUUGUUGCAAGACUAACUCUUACUAAAAAUAUGGCUGAAAUAAUUCAAGAAGAUAUUAAAUCCUCCGCAUUGGAGCUAAUCGGAAACACUCCAUUGCUAGCUUUAGACCGACUUCACCCAGGACCCGGACGUCUCCUGGUAAAAUGUGAAUUCAUGAACCCUGGUGGUUCAAUUAAAUGCAGAUCGUCCUACAAUAUGAUACAGAAGGCGCGAGAGAGGGGAACUUUGAAACCAGGCGGUAUGGUCAUUGAAAUGACAUCGGGAAAUCAAGGAAGCGGGCUAGCUGUCGUCAGUGCUGUGUUGGGCCAUGAACUAGUAGUUCAUACGUCAAGUGGUAACUCUCACCAGCGAGCUGUACAUAUAGAGGCUUUGGGUACAAAAUGCAUCAAACAUCCCCAAGUUGAAGGAACCUAUGGUAACGUGACAUUGGCUGAUAUAAACGUUGCUAGAGAAGCGGCUGAAAAGAUGGCUAAAGAGACAGGUGCAUAUUUCAUUUUACAGUUUGAAAACCCCGAUAAUGUUGGAGCUCAUAUUGAGACAACUGGGCCAGAAAUAUGGAGACAAACCGGACACCGUGUUGAUGCUUUCGUGGCCGCCGUCGGUACUUCUGGAACGUUUGUAGGUAUUUCCAGUUAUUUGAAAGGGAAAAAUCCUGAGAUUAAAUGUUUCGUAGCAGAACCUGAAGGAUGUGAACCAAUAAAAGGUACUCCAAUUGUAAAGCCAAAACAUAUUCUACAAGGUUCAAGCUAUGGAGAGGUUCCCAAACUAUUUAAUUAUGAGUAUUAUGAUGGCACUAUAACUGUAACCGACGAAGAAGCUCUGCAAUACCAGAAACUGAUCGGAUCAAAGGAAGGCCUGUACGUUGGAUACACAAGCGGUGCUAACGUCGCUGCAGCUGCAAAACUACUGAACUCUGGAAAACUCCCAAAAGAUGCUAGGGUUGUAACAAUUUUAUGUGAUACUGGUUUAAAGUAUCCCUAAGGUAUAUUUUAAUAUAGUUUAAUUCUUUCUGGAGGCUCAAGGCCUAGUAACGGUAAAAAACUAAUAUACUUACUUAUAAAAGUACUUCUUUUGUAUAAACACAUUUAAAAACAAUCAAUUUUAUUAAUUUAUUGUAAAUGACGAGAGCUAUCUAAAUUUGAAGACGAAUGAAUUUGUGUAUAGUUUGUAAGUAAAAUAAAAAAGAGUACUCAUGCAUCCCAUCCCACACUCAAUAACGGAAUGUUUUGCACAUAUUUUAGUGAUUCGAAAUAAAUAUAUCGAUAAGUUAA